AUGGACUGCAAACUCAGGGAACGCUUUCGAAAAUUUCGCUCUUACCCGGACCAGCCGGACCAAGUCUUCCACCAGCGCAACAUUCGCGGCCACACCGGAUGCGUGAACUCGGUCGAGUUCUCGCAUUCUCAGGAUAUGAUGGCUAGCGGCGGUGACGACCAGCGCAUUCUCGUGUGGAGCGUUGGCGAUUUGUUGGCACGCGGCGACCCUGAACCACGUCAGAUUAUGCGCGAAAAGCACAGCGCCAACAUUUUCACGUAUUCAUUUUCCAACGACGAUCGGCAGCUGUACUCGGGCGGAAAUGACAGCGGCGUGCUUCUGCACGACAUUGCAACCGGUAGCGCGCUCAGGCAAUGGCACGGAGCUUCACCGGUGUACCAUCUCAGCUGUAGUCCCGUCGAUGACCACGUCGUCGCUGCGGCACGAGACCAAGGCCACAUCGAUUUCUAUGAUACACGAAGCAAUGAAAAUUCUGCAUCUACCGUGCUUAGGUUUCCCGGCCGAUCAGCCUACUGCGGCGCGUUCAACCCGGAAGUCCCGAAUAUUUUUGCUGUUUGUACGGAAGGAGAUGGCUUGUCUAUGCACGACCUUAGGCAUCCAAAAAAAAAACUGUUCGACUUCUCCCGGCACACGCCCCGCGGUUGUUUCUACGGCGAAUUCGACUCGACGGGAAAACGGAUUGUGUUGAACCAGAACAAGGAUUAUCCGCUUGUUUUGGAUCUUCCGUCAGCCCAGGUGCUUCGCCUCAAAGACCCACAAUUCCGCAGCUUUCACACGAUCAAGUCAGUGAUCUUUGCUGAGGAUGACGUCGUGAUGAUGGGUGGCGAUGACUUCAACAUUUACGCCUGGCAGAUUCCGGACGGAUUUGCCGAAUUGCCACCGGUCGAAGGCCUAGAAAUGUACCGAAAUCUGGAUAACUGCACGACGAUGCUGCAGGGGCACCGGUCGAUCGUCAACCACGUCCGGUACAACAAGAAAAUGAAGGCGCUGGCGAGUUGCGGGAUUGAGAAAAUUGUCAAGAUUUGGACGCCGUACGCGACGAUGGAUUCGACGAUCAACCCGAUAUUGAGAACCCCGCAAAUGGGCGGUUUUAUCGAUCCCGUUGAGAACCUCGAUGACAAUGUGGACGAAGAUCCGCAAAUGCUGUCCUAUUUUGAUGAGAUAUCGAAUCAGACUCGCCAUGAAACAAUGGGCGGCUCGAUGCAUCGCGGUUUCCUGGACGAUAGCGACGAUAGCGGUCCCUUUAGCGCCUAUGUCGACCAAGUGCACUACCUCGAUAUCGACGAUGGAAUCAGCGGCGAUUCUGACGACUCUGACGAUUCCUCCGCAUCGGAAAGCACCGGCCACCAUCCCCGCCGCACCAUCCAGUUCUUCUUUCAAGCCGCCAGGCGGCGAUAUGAGGCGCUUACCGCUGAGGAGAUGGCAGCGGAUCGCUCGGAUGACGGGGCUCAGGGAGACGACGAGGCGACGGAUGGCCGUAGCGACGUGGACGACAUGGACACUUCCGGGGCUGUCGCUGAUGCGGAGGACAGCGAGCGUGAAGGUGGCGAUGCUCCUUCGAGGGAGCCGAUCACUCGCUGGCCUCCAUCCCCAUCGCCGUCUCCUCCUGCUGUU